AUGGCGGCCACCAUGAAGAAGGUGGCUGCAGAAGAUGUUAAUGUUACUUUUGAAGAUCAACAAAAGAUAAACAAAUUUGCACGGAAUACAAGCAGAAUCACAGAGCUAAAGGAAGAAAUAGAUGUAAAAAAGAAACAACUCCAAAAUUUAGAAGAUGCCUGUGAGGACCUCAUGCUUGCAGAAGACGACUGCUUAAUGAUACCUUAUCAAAUUGGUGAUGUUUUUAUUAGCCAUUCUCAAGAAGAAACGCAAGAAAUGUUAGAAGAAGCCAAGAAAAACUUGCAAGAAGAGAUUGAUGCCUUAGAAUCCAGAGUGGAGUCAAUUCAGCGGGUGUUAGCAGAUUUGAAAGUUCAGUUAUAUGCAAAAUUUGGGAGCAACAUAAACCUUGAAGCUGAUGAAAGUUAAACAUUUUAUAAUACUUUUUAAAUUUGUUUAAUAAACUUGAAUAUUGUUUAAAAUGAUAAUUUCCCUUCAAAUGAAAUGGAAAGCAAAACUUUCUUUUUUAAAAUUCUCAUUUAUUUAAUGGAAAUUUGCCUAUUUUCACAUGUCUUGCUUAUUUAUUUUAUAUUUUUGAAAGAAGACAGUAUUCAUCUAUGUAUUUUGCAUAAUGACUAUAUCAGUUGUAGGGGCUUUAUGUCAUGUUAUUAAAACCAGUUAAGCAAUC